GAGGGUUAAAGUUGGCAAGGUGGUCUCAUUAUUGUUUUUUUUUUUACUACCACCGGAGUCUGGGGGUUCGGAGUGGAGUUGGAGUUAUCUCGGGGAUUUCUCCGGCUCGAGUCCAUGUCGUGGCACUUGCGGUGCUCUCAUCCCCCCCAAGAGGGUACUGUCAACAACAUCAAGAGGACACGAGUGACUUUGAUACGUUCUUCAAAAGGGAAAAAUGCUGGAAAUGAGCAAUUGGAAGUUACGGGAAGAUCGUUGAGGAUUUGAAGGCAUUUUGGGGUUAACCUGGUCUGUCACAGGGGCGGGGGAGCUCCUGGUGGUGAAAGAUUUUUCGUGGACAAGGUCGUGGAUACUCGGUGAUUGAGAUUCUUUUCGGGGUAGCUGAGAGGGUUUUUUACAGUGAAAAUGGCGAAUAAUAAACAACCUGUGGUUAAUGCUGUGCAGACGAAGGCUGUGGAGGUGUCACACCAACUCCAGGAGGGCGAGAAGUUCAUCAAGUGGGAUGAGGACUCUGGUGUUGCUACCCCAGUGACCCUGCGAGUCGAUGAGUUUGGGUUUUAUCUUCACUGGGUGGAUCAGAACAACGAAGUUGAUAUGAUUGAAAUUGCUGUGAUACGUGACAUUAGAACUGGAAAGUUUGCGAAAAUACCAAAGGAUCCCAAGCUGAAAUCACUCGUGUCAAUGGGAAUUCAGGACAGCUUGGAGGACAAAACCAUUACAAUCUGCUAUGCUUCGGACUUUGUUAAUGUAACAUUUAUAAAUUUCUGUGCAACAAGAGCGGAAAUUGCACGGCAUUGGACAGAUCAGUUGCUUCAACUUGCAUACAAUUUGACCCAGUUGAAUAGUAGUACAACAAUGUUUUUGCAGAAAGCACAUACAAAACUUGUACUCGGGGCUGAUAAGACGGGAAAAAUAGCGAGUAAAAACAUCAUAAAAAUGUUCACAUCAAACAAGGAGGACAGGAAAAGAGUGGAGAAGGCACUGGAAAACGCCUCGUUGCCUGCGGGAAAGAAUGAUGCUGUCCCAGUCCAGAAAUUUCAAUUCGAGGAUUUUUUCAAUUUCUACAAGUCACUGACCCAGCGCACUGAGGUGGAAAAAAUUUUCGAUGAAAUAACUGGAAAUACCAAGAGACGACUCAUGAAUGUCAAUCAGCUGGUGGAAUUUCUCAAUCAAUCCCAGAGAGAUCCUCGUCUCAAUGAGAUACUCUAUCCUUAUGCGAAUACAGCUCGGGCAAAGGACAUCAUCAAUCAGUACGAGCCGAACAAAUUUAACGCCAACAAAGGACAUCUUAGCUCCGAUGGUUUCCUCAGGUAUCUCAUGAGCGAGGACAAUCCCAUCGUCGCUAUGUCGAAGUAUGAUUUAUCGGAUGACAUGGAUCAACCGCUCGCACAUUACUUCAUCAAUUCUAGUCACAAUACUUAUCUAACUGGUCAUCAAUUAACUGGCAAAAGUUCAGUGGAAAUCUACCGCCAAUGUCUCCUCGCGGGUUGUCGAUGUGUUGAGCUCGACUUUUGGAAUGGAAAAUUCGAUGAGCCUGUAAUUGUUCACGGAUACACAUUUGUGCCUGAAAUAUGCGCUCGGGAUGUAAUCGAGGCGAUAGCGGAGAGUGCCUUCAAAACCUCGGAAUUCCCAGUCGUGCUCAGUUUCGAGAAUCACUGCAAUCCCAGACAACAGGCUAAGAUCGCUCAGUAUUGUAGGGAGUACUUUGGUGAUAUGUUGCUUGCUGCCCCACUCGAGUCACACAAGCUCGAGCCAGGCCAGGAGCUUCCACCCCCUUCUCUCCUCAAACGAAAAAUUAUAAUAAAAAACAAGAAGAAGCACAGGAACCACAAAAAAGACCACAAGAAACACCACGCAGUGCCUGUGGAUGGUGUCGCCCUUCAAGAAUCGGACGAGGCAGCUAAUGCUGAAGGAGAGAACGGUCCUCCUCCGGACAUAAUUCCUCAGAAUGAAGUUGAUGGUGUUCUAGUUAGCGAGCAGGCCGAAUCAGUAGGCAAUGGUGAAGUGAAUCAUCCCCCUAGCAUGGUAAUGCAACAACGCCAAUCUUCGAAAGACAGCAAUCCAGAUGAUGAGGACGAGGAAGACGAGUCUAGCACAGAAGAGGAGGAGUCAAAUGUUGAUGACAUAAAAAUGAGAAUGAGAAACAAGGCUGCUGCACCAGACAAAGCUGCGGCAACAGCUAAGGAGACUGAAGCUGGUGAGGAGAUCUCUGCCCUAGUCAAUUAUGUCCAACCUGUUCACUUCAACAGCUUCGAGAGUUCUGAGAAGAAGAAUCGAAACUAUGAGAUGUCCUCGUUCGAUGAGAAGCAGGCGACGACAUUGCUGAAGGAGAGACCUCUGGAGUUUGUUAACUACAACAAGCAUCAGCUGUCUAGGGUGUAUCCAGCUGGUACCAGAUUUGACUCGAGCAACUUCAUGCCUCAGGUCUUCUGGAAUGCUGGCUGUCAACUUGUCGCUCUGAAUUAUCAGACCCUAGAUCUUGCCAUGCAGUUGAACAUUGGAAUAUUCGAGUAUAAUCAGAGAUCUGGCUAUUUGUUAAAGCCCGAGUUCAUGAGGAGAAAGGACAGGAGGCUCGAUCCAUUCGCUGAGUCCACAGUUGAUGGCAUCAUUGCUGGGACUGUUGUCAUUCAUGUGCUCUCAGCCCAGUUUCUCAGUGAUAAGAGAGUGGGAACUUAUGUUGAAGUCGAUAUGUAUGGACUUCCAGCUGACACUGUCAGAAAGAAGUUCAAGACGAAAAUUGUUCCUAAUAAUGGGAUUAAUCCUGUUUAUGAUGAGGAGCCUUUUGUUUUUAAGAAGGUUGUCCUGCCUGAAUUGGCUUCCCUCAGGAUAGCUGCCUAUGAGGACAGUGGAAGGCUUAUUGGUCACAGGGUUUUGCCGGUUGUGGGACUAUGUCCUGGGUACAGACAUGUUACUCUGAGGAACGAGUGUGGACAGCCCAGACCUCUCGCUAGUCUCUUUCUACAUGUCAUCGUGAAGGAUUACGUGCCUGAUGGAUUCAGCGAUUUUGCUGAGGCCCUGGCUAAUCCUAUAAAGUAUCAGAGCGAACAGGAGAAGAGGGAGAAACAACUUGAAAGACUUACUGAUGCUAAUGAUGGACUGGAUGAGGAUGAGGAUAAUGAGAAAGAUAAUGUAAAAGAGAAAGAGAAAGAGAGGGAAAAAGAUAAAGAUAAGGAUAAGGAUAAAGAUAAAAUUGGUGGUGGAACGAGUGCAUCCAAAUCAGCUGACGAACCGACGAAAAUGAAGAGACUGCAGUCCCAGGGAGAACUACCAACUCCAACUCUCCCAUCAGGCAGUCCCCAUGGGCGAUCACUCACAGCUGGGGCCAGUGUACCUGAGACACCCGAGCAGGAGGAUGGACCAGCUAGUGUACCAGCUUCAACUGUCGAUGGGUCUGCUAACAAAACUCCACUGACUGUUGUCACCAUUGGUGAGGGAAUUGUUGCUGAGAGUCUAGAGAAACUCAUGGAUAAUAAAUUAGUUAGAGAGAAGAAAACGGAGUUGGAUAAAAAAUUAGAGGCUCUCAGGAGAAAGCAGGAGAAGGAAAAAUUGCGAUUACAGUCGCAAAAAGGGUCUCUGGAUGGAGAGAAGCAUAAAUCAAAAUUUUACAGCACAAAAUUAGUGAAGCGCCUCUCUACCAAAAACAUUUUUUCGAGCGACAGCAGCAUCACUCCAUUGCCAGAAACAUCUGAGAAUCCUGAAGUGGGUAAAGAUGGAGUGGAUGUGAGGGGUUUGCCAAGGAGCCAGAGUGAACGAUUAUUGACAGUUUGUAAGGAACACGUCAACCAGGAGCGUGAAUUGCAGGAGAAGUACCACGAGAGUGUGUUCAGUGUUCUUGAGAAAGUGAUGAAAGCAUCGCAAACGAACCAAUUGAAGACCCUUAGAGUGCUCCUUGAACGAGAGACCAAUAAUGCUAUGAGAAAACUACAGGAAAUUCGACAUGGAGAGGUGAAGCAGUUGGCGAAAGUGCACAAAGACAAAGCCGAAUUGGACCGUAUGAAACGUGAAGUGGCGAAGACGACUGUUGAGAAAGGGGUCAAUGAGUGUACUAGGUUAACAGAGAUUUAUGAACAGAGAAAAUGUGAGUUGGAGAGGCAGCAUGAGGAGGUUCGACAGAGGCUCGACGAGGAGAGGAAUAAGGUAAGGCAACAACUCUGUGCUGAUUACACUAGUCGUUACAAGAAGUACGAAAGUGGUGAGCUUCCAGUAUCGCCAUCAGGGGGUACAAGCAUCCCCGAGGCUUUGAGUAGUACAACUUACUGAAUCAACGUUUGAGAAAGAAAAAUCCAAAGAAAUACGAGGAAAGAACUCGUCAUGAUGGACAUUGGAGGCCACGAGAAAUGAGUCUCGUUUUGUUUUCACCUGGUCUGCCGUCUGCACAGGAUGGAUAAUCCAGGGAGGGCGAGAGGGGAAUAUUUAUUCAUUGAAACUGAGAUGCUUCUCCCAGGGCUGACAUCUGCAUCGGGAUAUUCAAGUGUGCCAUGUGCUCCUAAAGAAUCCAAUCCGUGGGAUUUAUUCCAAUCUCUUCUGGAAAGUUAUCCAAGUACACGGCAUUAAUUGAAUGUAUUUCAUGAUAUUUCCAGUCGUCCAAGAUCAUUCUCCCCAGUAAUUUUAUCGUCUCUGAUUGCCAUCUUAAAGAUUAACGAAGAAUAUUGUAUCUUUUAGUGGGGUAUUUUUUGUUUAUUUUCUUACAGUAUUAUGUAUCUGAACAAUGCUGAAUUUACAUUAAUUCAUCCAUAAAGAAGUUGAGAAGUGGAGAUUAUGUACUCGUGCUACGGAGAUGCAAAAAAAAAUUUUGAGAUAGUGCGAGAUCUACGAAUGGAAGGUAUAUUGAUUCUAAAUAAGUGUAAACUGUUUUUCAAAAGAACAAAACGUAAUGGCAAAAUAACUGAGAAAAAAAAACUAUAAACGAUUGCGCUUCACCUUGUUGUUAUAUACAUAAGACGUUAUUUAUUCGAGGAAUAAUGGUACGAAUGGAUUAAUAAUAAUUCUAAUCGCGUCCUGAAUUUGAAUAUUUUUUUUUUCGGGUAUGUUGUGAAUUUUUUUUCUGUGAUGAGCAGGGACGAAUGUCGAAGGGAUACCGGGGAGGGCAGAAGGGGAGGGGGAGUUUAUUAUUCUAUAUACGCUUAUAUCCUCAAAUAAUUUAAUCACUGAUUGUUAAAUAAAAUGACAAGGGUAUAAUUAACUUAAAACUAAUUAUCGUGGUUCGAUGGUAACUGAAAGUUUUCAGAAUUUUAUUUUUCAACAUUGACGAGAAUAAAGUAAAUUCGUGGAUAACUUGAUAUACUGAGGGGGAUUUUAGAAUCUCUGAUUGUUUAUUUAUUUAUUUUUUUCUCGAUUAUCAGGAAGCUACGUGUUUCUAGGCGUAAUGAAUAUAAUGAUUAAACUGAUAUAUAAAAAUAUACGACAGCUCUGAAGGAAGACAAUCAAAAAAUCAAUGAAAUUAAUGAACAUACUACACAUUGUAAGGCAUUAUAGUGGUUAAAAUUCCCCUUGUUGUUUCUAAUCGUAAUUAAUUAUGACAAAAAUUGAAUUCCUACACAGAACGGAGUCCUCAUUAAUCGUAAUAUUUAAUAGGGUAAUAUCAGGUAAUAUCGUAUGAUGACAUUUUUUUAUUUAAUUUUUUUCUUUCUCGUGGAAAACGAUUCAUCAGAAAUAAUAUUUGCGCUUUGAAAUUCUUGAUCGAUAAUUAUACAAUAUAAAAUGAGAAGAUAAGAGUGAUAAGGAAAAUAAUAUCGAUCAAAAAACAGACUUCCUUUCAAUGUUUAGAUGGUUUACAAAAUUCUUGACAAUUUAAUUGACAAGAUGGAAGUCUGGGGAUUAUCGUCGAAGAGUUCGGAAGGCAGGUAACUCUCAUUAAUUUCGAACGGGACGCGUUUGUGAUAUUAAAGGAUCUCAAAGCAAUCGUAGAAUCGCAACAUAUAAGAGUCUAACGGGUGGAAAGGGGAGAGGGAUGGUUAUAAAAUCGUAGAAACAUUUUGAAUUAUACAAUUGUAUGGAAGUCGACUGAUAUACUUGAUAAAUUAAUCAUUAAUCCAUAAAUUUUUAUGCGUAAAAUGACAAGAAUACUGAAGAGACAUUUUGGAUAAAUUUAUUUAUUUGAAACAUACUGUCAAACAUUUUUCGAUUCACGGGAUAAUUUACGACGAUAAUUUGAGGGAAUUUCGAAAGAAAAAACGACUUCGAACCGUUCUUCUUGACUCCAUCAAUCCGUUAUUACUUAAGAUUGCAUUUUGUAGAGUAGGAUACAUUGUAAAAAAUUCUAAUUAAGAAAACAAGCGCAAGUGAAAAUGAUCAGUCUACUCUUUCUCUGGAAAAAGUUGGGAAAAAACUCUCUCCACGAAAUUAUCAUUUUUCUUAAUCAGUCAAAAAUUGUAAAAAAACGUUGAAUUUUGAAAAUUGAUUUUGAUAAUUAAAUGUAGGGGAGAUUAAGGAACUUCUGAUGUUCAACGAGAUUGAUAUUGUCAUAUCUAUGAGAGAAUGUAUCUCGUCGAUAGCCAAUAGACGUUUGAAAUUGUAUUCUGCAAGCCAUGAAAAACGAUCAUUUAUAACUUAAUGAUCAACUGAAAAAUGAAGUCUCAAAAUACUUUCCGUUGCAAUUUUGCCGAUGAAUAAUAAAUUUGCGGUCUCCAUUUGCCAUAAUAAGUUCGACAUGAAUAUAUUUAUACAUUAAAGUAGAUAAUGUAAACAAUAGAGAUUAUUAUAUUCGCGUUGAACAAGAAAAUUAUUAUGUGGUGUUGCUGUUGAUGUUGUUUGAUGAUAAAUGUAGCUAAAGUCGAAGUAGAUAGAUUAAAAUAUUUGGUAACUGUAAUUGUACAACGUGAAUAGUGGCAUAGUUGAAUUUUUAGAAAUGCUAUUUUGUGCUGGAGUGUCAAUUUGCGAGAGAAUAGAAUCUGCUUCCAAAAUCCAAAUGUCGAUAGAACUGAGUGACAAUUAAGGAUUGUUUUUUUUUGUGUGUACAUGACGAUACCGAAGAGACACGAGUGAUUGUAAUGAUACAACUCUCCGUUUUCAAUAUCUUCGGUCUCCCAAGAAAAAAAAAACCGACAAAGUAAUGGAACUUUAUUCAGCUUGACACCAUUGGUCUUCCCAUUUGAUAAAAAAAAUCUGAAAAAUCUUCCUUUAACAAUUAUGCAAUAUUUUGUGCUCUUCCAAGCCAGAGACAGCAGAUAAUUUAUUAAUCUUUAUAUCAAUUUUAAUUGAUAAAAAGCCUCGGCUUAUUUCCACAUAUGAACUCCACGUGUGGUCAUCUGCCUUGACGUUUUAAAUGUUCACUUAGCCAGGAAAUAGCUCGAACUCCGAAACUACAGGUAGAUGGCUCAAUUAAACUCAAUGAACAAUAUGUGAAAAAAAAUAUUUUACGGUGCCACGGUGAUGUAUCGCUCAAUGGUACAGUGUAUGUUAUAAGUGUAAGUGUAGUUGAAACGGCCUACAGACUAAUCGUAGCUAUAAUUUUAUGAAGAAAAAAAUAAUAUGAAUCUCCCGAUUCUUCAGUGAAAAUAACAAAAUCUCUUCGACCUUGAACAGACACUAAAAAAAUUUGGAAAUAAUAGAUGGAAAAAAAUACUGUUACAACGAUCUUCUGUACCUGAUCGAUGCCAAUUUGAAUCUCAAGUCGUGUAGAAAGUCUUUGACAGGCAAGAGAAAAAAUAAAACCAAAGUAUCAACGAGGAUUGAAACAUGAAAGAAAAUACAGUGUGGAGAAGUAUUAUUUAGGUAUCGACUGUGCGCCGAGGCUGUUCGGUCAGGCAUUCUUUUUUCGUUUCAGAGUCACUUUGAUACUGUUUUAAAAAAAAUUGAGGAACCUUUCUAUGCUUAUAAAAAAUGCCGUUGCUAUUAGCUGAGUAUCUACUUUGAGGGAAGAUGCCCUUCAAGAACUCUAUGAUAGUAUCGGAGCUACGAAGUCUCUUUAUAAUAUAUAAAAAGAAAAUGAUGGCAGGUGAAAAAAUAGAAGUACUCAAGUGCGGUAACACUGAGCGAUGAGCAUCGGACGAGAACUCUGUAUUUAUCAGACUUUAAGGUGAUACGAGGGUCUUCGGUAUAAAAUGGAAGUCUUUAACGUCGAUGUUGCAUUCAUAAACGAGCUCAGAUUGCGAGCUCGUUAGUGAAAGAUGCGUUUGAUGCGUAUGUUUUGUAUAAAAUGGGCUUUAAAUGAAGUGUUUCAGUUUUAUGGAGAAUAGGGAGUAUUUGCUGCAUUAUUCAAUAUCUCGAUGAGUGGAACGGGUUUUAUUAGUUCGAUGAAAGAUUCAAAUUUUUCGAAGAAAAGAAGCAUUCAACAAUAUCCUGCACAAGUCUACUGAGUUUGCCGAAUUUUUAUUAGGGGAAAACAAAUUAAAGCGAUUUUUAUAAAUUUAUUUAUGAAUUUUACAAUGCAAACAUUUUUUUUGAAAGAAGAAAAGGUAUUUCCACUCAAUGAGAAUUCGGAUCCAUUGUAUCAUUUUUAGGUGUCGAUUAAUUAUUAUUACACUGUUGUCAACGUUCUCAAAACUCAUUGUUACUGUACCAUUGCACAAUUAAUUUAUUUAUGAAGAUGAAGACGAUUCCGUUGAUAUAUUAAAAUGGUUGUAAGUGUUGUUAGAAAAUGUGUGUCUGAUAUGUAGUUUUACGAGGGAGUUACCAAUGUUCUCUGGGAUUCUCUGGUAAUUUUUAGAUUGUAAUUAGAACGACAAUUGUGUAAGAUACUUCAGGUCGGCCGUCGUACCAUCAAUAGCUGUUCCACUUUUUGUUGACUUCCACUUUGUUUUGUUUUUCCAGAUUGUUUGCCAAUCUCGUUAGACAAUAAUAAUUUUUUGUUGUGUAUUA